CGCGCCCCCUCUCGUUCUUCUCCCGACCGCCGCCGACGCCGACGACCUCGCUCGCUCCGGUAAUGUGUCCCCUGAGGUUCAUCCUAGUGUUCUUCUCCGCCGUCAUGGCCGGCUACUUCGCGUGGCGGACCGUCCGGUCCUCGCCGGAGGACGAGGCCUCGCCGCCGGAGCCCGCGGCCGAUGCGAAGUCGAGGGCGGAGGACAGGGAUUCCGGCCUCAGGAAGGUGAUCGAGAACGGGUUCUGGAUAUUCGUCGACAUGGCCAGCGGGAGGUACCUGUGGAGGAACAUCAAGGAGAUGAGGAAUCAGCAGGAUAAGGUGAAGAGCAGCAGCAGCAGCAGCUAGGGUUUCCUCUCCUCCCUCGGCCCCCCCUUCUUGCGGGGGAGCUUCAUCGGAAAUUGUAAUUUGUGCGUGUACCUCUGGCUCUCUGUGACGAUCGAUGUGAAGUAGGAGAUUCCUUUCGUCGCUUGUAAUUGACAUUCGUCCCCUGCUUUUCCGCUUUUCCUUUUCCCUUUUUGUUUUCCGCCGGAGAAGAAAUCGAAUUGAGUUUCUGAUUGCAGCAGAAGAAAGAGCUGCUGAUUUUUUCUUUGA